CCGAGUUCACUACUUCGCUCUUUAUGUUGUCCUUAAAUCAGGGUCACGUGGACCCGCCCAUGUGACGCCAUAUCCGCUUCCACUAGAAUUACAACAAGCGCUGCUCGUGAACUCAUAUGCCCUCACCCGAACAGAUCUGCACUACUUUCUUUUUCCACGCCUGAUACAGUUUUACCGUUUUAUCAACAGGGAGCUGACUGGUAGGCCAUGGGCAGAGGGAGUUGAACACCCUCACACUGCUGCACUACGAUUGGCUGAGACCCCCCUGACCGGCUUACUACAUCCUCCUUCCACCCAGAAAGUCGCACAGCGUUGGCUCUGUGAACCUACCCUGACACACCCCACCUCCUCGCCCCUGGCAUGCCUCAGCCGGGCAUGAAUGGGCUGGAGCCGGCGUUUGGUGAGGCCUACAGCAACCACCGGGGCCUGCUGAGCCCCUACCCCCCCGCCAUGUCUCCACAGGGGGGCCGGACGGAGUACAACCAGAGCGUGCUGCUGAUGCUGGGCUCCCCGGCGAUGCCACGGAAGCGGCCCUUUGAGUUGCUAAGCGACCUCGUGGACGACGGGGGAUUCGGCGAGGACCUGCACCCGGAGCACUGGGACGUGUCGGAACUGGACGAGAUGGCCCGCUACGCCAAACCAGGCCUGGGGGUGGACGGGGGUCCGGCCGGCACGGAGGAGGAGGCGGUGCUCCUGGGCCGCUGGGGGCGGAGUUCGGAGGAGGAGGAGGAGAGGAGGAGGAAGAGGAUCGCCGGGGAGAACCACGCCACUGAGACGCACGGCGCUGGGGAUCAUUGGGGCGGAGGGGGUGGAUGCGCUGCGGAGAGGAAGCUGUGCCCUGGAGGAGGAAGGGAGGCGGAGGAGAGGGUUUCUAACGUGGAGGUGUACCAGGUGGAGCAGCAGCAGCAGCAGCAGCAGCAGCAGCAAGAAGAAGAACAACAUCAAGAGGAGGAAGGAAGAAGGGGAGGAGGAGGGGGGACAGAGGAGCAGGAGGUUACUGCGUCUUUGGGAGCUCCAGGACUGGAGCUCUGCAGCGAGGAGCACAACUACUCCCUGACCCAGGGAGAAGAGCUGGCGGCUGGGCUUGAGGACGAUGCCCAGGUCCCACCCUACCAGACCCCGCUCAGAUCCCCACAACAACACCAGCAGGAGGAGGUGGGGCAGGACAUGAGUCAACCCAGACUGGAAGAAGAGGAGGAGGAGGAGGAGGAGGAGAAGGAGGAGCAGCAGCAGCAGGAAGAAGAUUAUGAGGAAGACGAAGAGGAGGAGGAGGAGGAGGAGGAGGAAGGGGCGGAGGAAACAGCUGUGGAGGCGGAGGAUUCCAGCUCUUCUGAGUCAGAGUGUGAGGUGGAGGAGCUAGCGGUCAAGCCCAGUGGGGAGCGACCUCAGAAGCGCCGGUGCUUCUGGGAGUACCGGCGUGCCCGCGAGUCCGCUGCCAAGAAGCGUCUGGCGGGGGAGAUGCGCUGGUCGCUCUCCUGGAGUUCCAGCACCCUGCCUAGCACCCUGUACCGCAGAGAGGGGAAGAAGGGCCGUCGCAAGGCCAGAAAGACGGACGCCAGCGACCUGACGCCCAACCCCCAGAAGCUCCAUAGCAUUGGCGAGCAGCUGCAAAAGCUCAACGCCGCCAUCGACGGGAUGGGCCCCGUUAACGACCUGCCCGCCGUCGCCCGCGCUCGCUCCCGCAAGGAGAAGAACAAGCUAGCCUCCAGGGCAUGCAGGCUGAAGAAGAAAGCUCAGCAUGAGGCCAACAAGAUCAAACUAUGGGGCCUCAACCAGGAGUACGAUCACCUGCUGGGGGCUCUGCUGAGGAUCAAGGAGGUGAUCCGCCGGCGCGUGGAGAGCAGCGAGGAAGACGACACGGACGUCCGAGGGAUGACCCAGCGCCUGGAAGACAUCCUCAAAGACUCCAGUGGUCCUCUGGUGGCGGGGCGGACCAAAGACUUUGUGCAGCGGAUCCUGGCGGCCAGCGCGGGGGGGCAGACCAAGCGGACCCCCCAGGGAGGGGACGGGGGUCUGGCGGUCUGAACUUCCACCCCCCUCAUUCACCCCUCUCGUACACCACUACCACCAACCAACCUAUGACCCUUUUCCAGCACCGCAGCCCGGUCUCCGCCUUACGGAGACCCCCUGUGGCGACCGCCGCAACACGCAUCCACACUUACAAACUCACAGUCAGUCCCCAGAGUGCGUGAGAGACGGAGACGGAGGGACAAUUGGAAAGACUUUCCUGCCAAUCUCCCAUUAGUCUCUCACCCCCCCUAAUGUCUCUGGCAAGCUAGAAACUGCUGCUGACUUUAUCCUGUAUGUUCUACUGUGUGUGUGUGUGUGUGUGUGUGUGUGUGUGUGUGGGUGUCUGUGUGUGUGUCUGUGUGCGCGUGUGUGUAUAUAUCUAUCUCUAUAUUUAUAUCUAUAUAAAUAGAUAUAGAGAUACGCUGUUUGAUAGUGUUGUGAUUUCUUGAUUCCUCUCAACGUGCUGUAUUCCUACCCCAUUGUGCCUGAAUAGACAUUGCACUGUUUUAGUAGGAGGUCAUCGUGGAGUGGCCCGUAGUAAUCUGAGGGGAGGCGGUCUUUAAAGGAGAAACAAACCCAAAGCCCAUUUCGAGAUUGGUUUGCAUUGACUCCCUCUCUAGGUUACACCCAUGCAAUUGCAUCCAUAACCUGGGAUUGGCAUACAUGGGUACCAUGGUUACCCGGUCACCUGCCGGACGAGUGUCGAUGCGACACAGCUGUCCCCGGCUCAUUGCCGACCUGAAGGGGCGUUUACAGUGGCGCCGCAAGCCCUGCCCCACCAGGAAAAGAAACAACAACCUCAAAGUAUUUUUAAAAGGGGGGAGUCAGGAGGUUUGGUUCUCCUUCUUUAAGUAAGGGAGUGGGCGGGGCAUACACAAGGCCUCUCCCGCUAAAUGAAGCCAGUGUUGCCAAGCGACCCGUGCUGGCUGGCAUCCCCCGUACCGAUGCCCUGUUCUAUUAUCCACCCUGGAGCUCCGCCCCAGCGCUAGGGGAGUGAGAUGCGCAGUCCUAGCAUUUGACGUAGACCUUCCUGUUUUUUUGAUUAAGCCAAAGCGCUUGGUGCACUUGUUGGAAGACGCCUAACUGGCGAUGCUGCAUCACUGUUAUCAUGUUUAACGUUGACACCAAGUGAUGAAAUCAUGUGAUCAGUUCAGUCCGAUUUCAAACACCAAAAAUAAAUUACUGGCGAAUAGGAAAGUGGAUAAUUCACCAAGUGGACCGUGACUGUGGAUAAUGGAACGGGGUAUGGUUGAUCUAUGUCAAUCAACCCCUGGAGGAGUGAGGUUAUUCCUCUACCAGUGCAGACCUGAGACUGUUUAUAGUUGUUUCUCAUCCCUCAAACUCCCCAAACAAACAAAUCGAUGUCGAAGGAGCACAGUGUAAGGUUCCCUAGUGCUUCACAAGUUAACAUUCUCAAAACCUAACUUUAUAUAGUUAGCUGACUUGACGUAUCCAGUUAAAACUGGACACGUCAAUAAAAAGACACAAAUACCUGCUUAUUUAAGGUAGGAAGUAUCAAUCGUACACAGUGCCCCUUCCAAAUCAAACCAACUGACUAGAAUGCACCUUACUGCACCAAAGUGACCAAAGAGUAUUGAAUCGGACUGCAGAAAAUGUCCAUCUCGGAUUCUAAUAGUAAUGAUGGUAGGUAGAGGGUCGAUAAUUAAAUUAUUAUUGGCUGCUCUCCUAUACACCCUGAAUGGUGGAUGGAUAAUAAGGGUUCGCCCUAAUGCACUAUGACCCCCGUUGAGGUGUCCAAACCAGCAGGUCUGGGAUGCAGCCUCUAUCCUGGGAUGGCCGGUCCAGCCUGGCUGUCUCUCUGCCCCACCAUUGGCUGUAUUUUGUGGGUUUCCCUCAAAGUGUCAAUAUUUUUUCCCCCCCGAGCCACCUCCACAACCCCCUGACCUUAAUAUGUAGCAGACCCAGCAAGAGGAGACGUCUCCAGCGUUCAGGGAGUGGGGGUCCUGCCCAUGUCGUUGGCUCCGCCUCUGCUCUGAGCGGAGUGCGGUGGGAGUCUUAAAGGUUAAACCUUGACCCGUGUUGCUGUAUCCUGAGCCCCAAAACUCGGGGGGACUUCCACUUUUUGAUCGCGGAAAUUCAACCUCUGAGCAUGCGUUCCUAAAUUGUCAAUGACAAAUGGGCAUACUGACAAAAGUAUGUUCCAGAUGCUAUAAAAGUAAAUGUUUGUUAAAUUGAUAAAUUUUUGUGUGGGAUCGAUUUUUGGCAAAGUCGGGCCCAUCCAGUGGGCGUCGAGCUCCUAGAGCCGUUUUGAAAAAAAACUGCCUUUACUUUGGUUGUCUCUUGCCCUAUUCAGACCGUGUUGUCCGAGGUCUCUAAACUUUGUUGGACAUAAAUGACAAGGACCCUUACCCAUUGCACUGUGGCAAGAUCACCCGAGCACCUUUGUUUCCUUUUUAAGAGGGCUUUGAACCUUUUUUAUAAUUCUGAAUUUAUCAAGAGGCAUGUAUGUUUCAAUAGUUUUAUUGUAAACUUGUGGUGAGAUGUGUAUCGUAUGGUGCUACCGUACCUGCUAGGGGGAGGUUAAGGCGUGCUAUAUGCCUCGAAUAAGUUAUGCUGGACGGUCUUUUGCAAGGCCAUAAUUCUCAUGGUCAAUCUGUUUUGUAUAGCGUGGUUGUUUUGGGAAGGAGGUUGAAACCACAGCAACGUGUCAUUAUGCCGGAUCAUAAAACCCCUAAUUUAAAAUGUCAUCGUCAAACCCACAGCCCUAACCUGACCCAACCUGACCUCAUUUGACUUGAGAUUGGACUGAGAAAAUAAAACCCACCACACUAAUGCCUAAAGUGUACCCCCUACCUUUCUAUUGAGUACAAAGGAACAAAAGAAUAAGUAACACAGAAGGUGAACACUUUACAGACCCCGAACUAUAGACUAGAGGAAAACCGAGAGCUGGACCCGGAGUGGUUGUAGGGUUAGGCAACACCCCAGAUUGUUGUGGGUUUGUCUGUGACCUGGACUCCUGCCUGGGCGGGGAUCCAAAGCCACUGUCCCAUGGCGGCUACAACUUUGAAGGAAAGGUCCUCACCCGGUGUGGAGGGCCUAAAUCCCCCAACCAGCGGCUUCCUCCGCCCGCCUCUCAGGGGGGCCACGCUGAGAGCUACAGACGCAUUCGUUUUGAGGGGAGGGACGCCGUCUCUGAUUUCACCCUCUCAUGCACGACCCUCGGAUGAACGGGGUGGCCGGGUGAAGUGGUGGGUAAGCAGAGCUCCCCAGCGCUGUUCAGGAACCUGAUGCCCCAGCCAGAUGGGCCCCCCCCCCCUCCCUCCCCCAUGCUCUUUUAAACAAUUUCUUAAUGCCGCAAAAAAUAUCUGCAAUGAGGAGUUGUUUCAAAUCGGCAGUUUUGCCUUCUUGGUCUCAGUGCAUGAAAACCAAAGGUGGGCAAAGUAGGAGUGGAGAAUUCUGGAUAUUUUCUGUUGUUUUUUUUCCAUUAUUUUUCUUUUGUUCCAUGUUCGAGCUGCUACUGUUGGAGUUUCUCCCCUACUGGGGCUUUUUGAACCGGCAAGAGAAGCCACAGGACCCCUGUGUCAGCAAACAACCGACCAUAAUGACAGACACCAGCCUCCUACUGCACUAAUCAAAUGAGAAUACCCGCCAAAAACCAGACGGACCAUUUUGAAUACUUGGGCAAAGCAUGUGAUUUUUUGUUUUGGGUUCACCGAGUUUUCCCUGUUGGCUUUAGACGGGUGUCCUGUAACACAACAGCCCAUCUCCUCAGUGCAUCACUCUAUAGCCCUCAACUAGGGGCAUUCUCAACCGUGAUCACGUUAGCCUGAUCGACAGAUAGGCAACCUGGUAUCUGUAUAGACAACCUUGUCUGUCACAUAACAUAACAACCUUUCAACCUGACCAGGGCAUCGUGAAUGCAUUAACAACUGAGCAGGUUGACUGUUUUUGUCAUUGGCAAGUUUACCAGUCUGCGAUCACAUUCCAACAACGUAGCAAGCCUUCCUUGGUUUCUGUCCAUAUAGCCAUGGAACAUGAGGUUCAAUUCAAACCCUACUUCUAAGUACUGUGAGUCAACUCUUAGCAUUUACCGGAUGCUAGCUUAGCCUUCCUGGUUUUUUUUGUGGCCUUAACCCAUGAUGGAGACAAGACUAGAUUCUGAGCCUGGAUACGAUGUUUGAUAUUUACUGUGUAGAUGACAGGAAUCGGAUCAAAGUGGCUUUAAAGCCAUGACUUAAAGGCCCAGUCAGGAUAUCGGGCACAGUAGCGAUUCUAAGGGUUUGCAUCCCGGGUCUGUUCCAGAGAUGCCCAAGGGACCAGUAAAUGUCUCCCAUACUUGAUGUCCGUCUACUGGGAGAAGGAGGGGGGAGGAGAAACUUCUGAGACGUUUCAACGUUUUUAACUUAUGGCAGUGAUUUAGAAAUCCUUUUGGUGCCAAACGCAAGAAGUUGUAUUCAAGUGUGCUGUGGCUGCUCAUGAGGGUUGUCCCAAACGCAAGGCAGUUCUGCCAACGAAAAUGUUCAUUCCACAUCCAAUGUACUUUGUAUAGCAUGUAGUGCAAUGGAAGAUUAUCUGAACUGAUGUUAGAUACGAUAAUAACUCCAGAUGGGAAAUUCCAAUGGACUUUCAUGAUGAAAGUGCAGGUGUGAAGGCCAGAGUCUUUUGUCGGUGAAAAGGUCGCCCUGGGGCCGCCCUCUUACUGAGAGGCCUAGGGUGCUGGAGCAGAACCAGUCUGGGCUGUAAGACGAGCUGACUUGGAUGACUCUGACCUCGGAGUGGCCGUCUUUGUAUCGCGCCUCCUCGAUUCGCGCCGUCUCGGCUGUAUUGUCCGGAUGCAGAGGUAGAGGGCUAUUGUUUCACGUGCGCCUACUCUAGCCUCCACAACACCUCACCCAAAGCUAGAGGGCGGGGGUCUGGGUUUGUGUGUGCAGGUUGUGCCCCACUGAAGGGGUUUACCCUCAGAAUUUGCCCUCACUGGAGGGGGGGGGGGGGUAGAGCAGCUCCUGGCUCUGCUGCUAUUGAUGGUGGUGACAGCCAGUGAGAAGGCGGCACUCCUGGCUCAAAGCCAGUCGCCGGCGUCGUCUGUAGUGCCUCGUCAGGCAGGUCGUGAGGGGCUUCUUGGACAGGAAGUGAGCGGGGGUGGGAGCGGGGGGCAGGAACCAUUAGGAUUCCAUUAAGGAAUGAAUGCGUAAUGUGUCCGUCAGGGGGUAACAAGAAAAAAAACGUACACAAUCUCAUCCCGAGCUGGCUUGCGUGUCUGUAAGCACAGGGCUUGGACUGCCAAGAGAAUGUACAGAAACAUUCCACAAUUCCAUGUUAUAUACUGUACAGCAAACCCUAUAUCAAUCCUUCUCGUCUUAUCUCUGCACUAGACUUUGACUUCUUCUUCAGUCACCUGCAGUCAUCGCAUUACAGUGACCCCCCCUGUGCAUUAACACAUGGCUAUGUACAAGCCCUUUAUCAGUAUGUCACAUUAAGGACUAGAGAAACCAAUCAUUAACACGUUGUCGUGUACGUUGUUAGAGCGUACCGUUUAGGGGAUAAAACAAACUAUAUAAAAAAAAAAAAAAGAUGCUACAAGAAGUGCCGUACAAAUAGAAUCAUAUUUUUGUUGGUUUUGUUUUGUGUGAGUGUACUGUACUCCUGUAUAAUGUAUAUUUUAAUAUUUAUAUGCAGCUGUUGUAUUAUUAAAGUAUAUUUUUAAAAUAGGUUUCUGUGCUCUUUUUUUUACUCGACAACCAGGUCACAUGACUCUGAAGUCAUCACUGGAACACACCGUCUCUAUCUAUCUCUAUUCACCAGCCUACCCAGUGGACAGUGCAAACUGGCAGGCAGAUCUUUCCAUCUUUGAUCUGGGUGGACACUCCCAUCAGUGAUGUCACGAUGGGGCCGGUUGUGUAAUGGCUAAUCAGCAUCACACAUGGUGUUAGAAUAGGAACCCUGUUGUGGAAAAGGUACCUGCUUUUAGGUUGCCAUCAAAAUGAUGCAUUGAUUAUCUUUGAAGUUAUAAAGGAGGAAGCAAGAGCUUUGUCUUUUAUAUACCUCAACAUUGUAAUGAUGUAACACCCGGGCAGUCUUUGAAUCGGUCCAAUUGUGCCCUCUAUAGUGCACUAUUUAGGUGUCCCCAUUUUGUAGUGAUGUGUUAUGUGUAAAAAUCUGGUCAGCUAUAAAAUGCUCUUAAUACCUACAAUGCACGAUAAAGUCGUGUAAAAUGCACAAUCUAUUUCUGCACUUUAGUUCAUGAUGCAUAGUGGGCGUCAUUGUCAUCAGAUAUAUCCAAUAGAGGCACCAAUAUUUUUCUUGUUUGUGUGACCAAAUAUCUCCUGUGUAACUACAUAAUUAUCGUCACAAUUCCCCCUAUACCUGUUCUUGACAGUGUACUAUAUAGUGCUCACUUUGUAGGGAAACUAGUGAGCAAAAAUCAAACACAGCCAGGGUAUUGGCUUGUUUAAGUGUGGACUUCCACGGCAAUUGGUCUCUUCAGUGUAUCCAUAGACCUUAUGUAAAGCUGGUUGCAUUGGCAGCGGUUUCAUGUGACCCUGGAGAGUGCUGAACGACUCCCCCUGCUGGUUUAAGUGUUCUGGUGUGUUUGCUUCAACACACGCCAACCCAGCAACACUUCAGCGUGUCAGGGGUUAAACGUUUUACGUUGGAAGUCGUUUCCCCAUUGGUUUAAAUAGCCCUCAUCCCCACUUAAACCAGUUGAAUAAGAGAAAAUAAACUGGGUCAAAUAAACAAACCCCCCAAAGAUGACAUUCGUAUUUAUGAAAAAGCAAGGAUUUAUUGUACUUUUUUCACAUGAAAUUAAGCAAUAUUGCAUCAAUCAGAGAAGGACAAAAAAUCAAGUCAUUUCCAUUGUAAUAGUCUUUAAGAUUGCACAAGGCCCAGCUCUGUUCAGACAUCCCUUAACUACUUGGCCAGGACUUGUCAUGCUGUCCAAUAGGAGCUGCAAGAUUGUCGCUUUUCAAACAUUAAAACACCCCACCGAAAUCUAGAGGAGGCGAGACGUACACGCGUCUUCUUCCUCAGACCACCUCCAGGUCUGUCAGUAGUCUCACAUUACUUAGUCUAUAAGUGGUUGAAGAUACGAGGCGUCUGAAUCGCAGGAGUGACCACCGGUUAUCACACACAGCCAGAGGAACCAAA